AUGAUGGCACGAGUCACGGACAACGAAGCUGUCUCAGAGGCAUUCGCAGUGACCAAUGGGGUGAAGCAAGGCUGCGUACUGGCGCCUACCCUCUUCAGUCUUAUGUUCUCUGCCAUGCUGAUGGACGCCUACCGCGACGAACGUCCCGGGAUUCGCAUCGCCUACAGGACGGACGGUCACCUGCUGAAUCAACGGCGGAUGCACUUCCAGUCGCGCGUAUCCACAGCCACCGUUCACGAACUCUUCUUCGCUGACGACUGCGCCCUGAACACCACCUCGGAAGAGGAGACGCAACGGAGCAUGGACCUAUUCUCCGCCGCCUGCGAGAACUUCGGUCUGGUCUUUAACACGCAGAAGACGGUGAUGAUGCACCAACCGCCACCCAACUCAGCCACAGCCCCCAACGCGCCGCCACAAAUCAGCGUGAACGGAACCCAACUGCAAGUGGUGGAGAACCUCCCGUACCUGGGCAGUACUCUCUCCCGCAACACCAAGAUCGACGACGAAGUCGCCAACAGGAUCCCGAAAGCCAGUCAAGCCUUCGGUCACCUCCAAAGCACAGUUUGGGAUCGCCACGGUCUUCAGCUGAGCACGAAGCUGAAGAUGUACAAGGUCGUAAUCCUGCCGACACUACUGUAUGGAGCGAAGACUUGGACGGUGUACGCAAAGCAGGCACGUCGUCUGAACCACUUCCACCUCAGUUGUCUUCAUCGCAUCCUGAGGCUGAACUGGCAGGAUCGCAUCCCCGACACUGAUGUGCUGGAACGGACGGGAAUCCUCAGCAUCUUCGCCAUACUGAGACAAAUGCAGCUGCGCUGGAGCGGCCACCUGGUGCGCAUGGACGACGAGAGACUGCCCAAACGACUCUUCUACGGAGACGUCGCGACGGGUUCUCGCCGUCAAGGAGGCCACAUUCGCCGUUACAAGGAUACCCUGAAGUCCUCCCUGAAGUGCCUGCAAAUCAACCCGACCAACUGGGAGGAACUCGCACUCGAUCGACCGACCUGGAGGAGGACAGUGAAGACAGGCGCUGAGAUCUACGAAGCCAACCGCAUCGCUGCCGCCAAAUCGAGACGUGAAGCCCGGUACGCAACACCGCUGCACAACCGUUUCCAACGUGUCCUCGAUGUCAAAGGACAUUCCGGGCUCGAGUCGGACUUGUCGGACAUCUUCGGAUUAACUGCGCCUCUCGAACGGCACCAACCAUCGUCUUCCCGCCCGCCUCUUCCUCCUCCUCUCCGCCGCCAACUAACACUGACAAUUCUUCUGAACCACCACUUCCUCCUCCAACGCCGCCGCCUCCUCCUCCUCGCCCACUGCUCCAACGGCGGCCGCUCAGGCGACUGUCCCGCGCACAACAACUGA